AUGGACGAACAGUCAAAGGAGAAGACGGCGUUCAUCGUUGAGAACAAUUUGUAUGAAUGGAAUCGGCUCGCUUUCGGUCUGACUAACGCCCCAGGAACCUUCCAACGAUUGAUGAAUUUUGUCCUUAAGGAAGAGAUGGGAAAGACUUGCUUGGUUUACCUAGAUGACAUUAUCAUCUUUUCUAAGACUCCCUUAGAACACAUAUCGAACCUGCGGAAAAUCUUUGAUUUACUUGAAGAGGCAAACCUCAAGGUGAAACUAUCAAAAUGUAGAUUCCUUGAGACAUCGGUCCAGUACCUCGGCCACGUCAUCUCAGCAGAUGGCGUAGCACCAGACCCCGCCAAAAUUGAAUCCCUAGUAAGUUACAGAAAGCCACUUACUGUUAAAGAAAUGCAGUCCUUUUUGGGGUUAGCGUCAUACUACCGACGGUUCAUCAAGGGGUUCUCCACAGUCGCCCACCCCCUUAUACAUCAAGCGAAGGGUAAACCGCAGGACAGGAUAAAAUGGGGGCCCGCUGAAGAAAAAUCCUUCGAAUUCCUUAGGAAAUGCCUGAUGACCGACCCUGUUCUGGCCUACCCGGAUUUCACUAAAGAAUUCCUAAUUUACACUGAUGCCAGCGAUUACGGACUAGGAGCCGUUUUGUCCCAAAUACACGACGGAAAAGACCAACCUAUCGCCUACGCAAGUAGACACCUGAACAAAGCAGAAACCAAGUACUCUACCAUCGAGAAGGAAGCCGCGGCCGUAAUUUUCGGCAUAAAACGUUUCCGCCACUACCUUCAGGACGAGCCAUUCGUUAUCAUCAGUGACCAUCGCCCGCUGCAGUGGCUGCAGACGUUCAAAGACGAGACGGGGAGAUUAGGAAGAUGGUCAAUAUUGUUGGCUAACCUCAAAUACUCAAUAAAGUACCGGCCAGGUCGAGUCAAUGAAAAUGCAGAUUUUCUAUCCCGAAUUCCGGUUAAUUCAGUUCGAACAGCCCCUGAAGAAGACGACGCCAUACUCCGCGAACAGAAAAAAGAUUCAUUAUGUAUGGACAUAACAAAUUACUUAGAACAUGGAACCCUUAGUGAAGAGAAUACAGACCAGAUUUGGGUAAAAGAAAUCGAGCUGUAUGGCAUUGCUGGUGGCCUUCUGUGUCGCACGCAAGAGCCCAUCUCGAAGAAGAGACGACAGUUCGUGCAACAACAAGUGGUGGUUCCCUUCAGCCUAAGAAAACGGCUAUUGAACGAGUAUCACGACUCCCCUCUAUCCGGCCAUCUUGCAUACCAGCGGACAUGCCUCCGGAUUAGAGACAAAUACUACUGGCCAACAAUGCUUUCCGACGUAAAGGAGUACUGCCUCGCUUGUAAACCCUGUGCCCUCCAACGACGAUCGAAUCUUCGCGCCUUCUUGAAUCCCCUAGAUCUCACCUCAGGACCCUUUGAGGUCUUAGGGCUAGACUUCUUAGGGCCAAUUCAACCACAAUCCCUGCAAGGGAACAAUCACAUCCUAGUAAUUACCGAUUAUUUCACGAAAUGGGUAGAAGUUAUCCCUCUAGCAGACCAGACUGCCCUUUCAACGAGCAAGGCGCUAGUAGAUAGAGUCAUUUUGUAUCAUGGUCCCCCAAGGGCCAUUGUCACCGACCGUGGUUCGAAUUUUACGUCCGAGCUGUUCUCCUCACUUUGUAAGACACUUCAAAUUAAACAGUUGAGGACCACUGCGUACCAUCCACAGACUAAUGGCUUAACCGAAAGAUUCAACAAAACCGUAGUAGAAAUGCUACGGAAAUACAUGGAACAGGGCUUCUCUAAAUGGGAAGAAGUGCUAGGCCCAGUUGCUUUCGCCUACAGGAACUCUGUACACUCCUCCACCCUAGAAACCCCCUACUUCCUAAAUCAUGGCCGCGACCCAGUAGUGCCUAUUGACCGAUUUUUACAAAAGCCAGCAAACAUCAUCAUCCCAUCCGACUACAAAACCCAGCUAAUGCAACGUCUUCACGAAGCCUUCGUAUUGGUUAAAGCCAACUUGACCCAAGCCAGGGAACAGCAAAGGACCCAGUACGACAAGCGGGCUCGUGAGCAAGCAUUCAACAUCGGUGACAAGGUGUUAAUCGACGUAAGAACGCCAAUGGCAGGCACAAGCAAGAAACUCAUCCCCCGUUUUAUGGGACCAUACCGCGUCACAAAAAUCAACAACAACCACACCGUGGAAAUUCAAGAAUGCGCGGGAAAACAGACCCAGUUGGUGCACGUAAACAGGAUCAAACCCCUGUAUGAGUCUAUGAUCUGGAAGGAAGAACCUUGCGUAGAUUUCCAAGAGAGCCGUGAUCACCCAAUACCACCGGAGCUCACCAACGAACUAGAAGUACCACCCCCAACGGAUGAAGAGUACGCUCCGCAGGAAGAACACGAUCUGAUAGACCUCGACGCCGGUUCAUCUCCCUUACCAGAUGGAGUGAUAACUUCAAACCUCCACAAAGGACCAAACAUAGACUUCUCUUCCACCCCGGAACGACUCUCUUUAACGGCUUUAGAGCCAGCAGCCCCACCAUUCCCCCGUAGCACCCCGCCCCGAGCGCCGCACUGGCCUACGGCCAUGGAGCGCCCUCAGACCCCCAAUAACCGUGAAACAUUAUUGUUGAUGUCCCUCCUCGCCCUCCUGUUUUUUACCCCCUUGGCUGCAUUUAAUGCCACCGUGUGUAACUGUGAUGGUGCGGCAAACCUGGGAUUCCUGGAAUUCACGGAGGAAGACUGCUCUUUCGAAGCCGCCCCCACUCCACCGGUACCCAUUACGUACGCCAUCUACUCUACACUACCAGAAGUUAAACGCUUUGCUGGCCACACGUGUAGCAUGUGGGUAGCCACCACCACAGUGUACAAGGACUUCAUGCAAUGGAAUCAAGUGUCUUACAGCCGCAACCCCAUCGAAGUGGACGCCGCAACGUGCCGAAGGAUGAGAGACACACGACAAUGUCGAGGAAAGGCGAUGGAUAUAACAGGGCCCAACUCGUUCGCCCUGGAAGGCCACCCGUUCGUGGAAACCAGUUGGCUUCGGACGGCGACAGAAAAGAUGACCAACUGUCGCCUCGAAGAAGUGACCUUACAGAGCGAAUGCCCGAACUGUACCAUCAGCUCUCCACUUGGCGACAUCCCUGGAGCAAUAAACGGCUCUUUCAAACACAACCUCGUGACCCUCGUCUGGGACGAUUCCUGGAAGGAAGCGAAGCCGUGUGAGUUAAGGGUUAUCGAAAAGGGAAUGGGCGUCAAGUACUCGACCGAAAACGACACUACCUUCCGAAUUCGGGACCCAAUUAAGCAGUUGGAUUUUAUAUAUGCAAUGGUAAACAGUUCCGUCUGCGAAGGAGGAAACCUCACUGCCUACCAUCCGGUUCUAGGAAUGGACAGAGUCGUCAUCGCGGUUCGGGAAGCCGCCAAGGGAACCGAUCUCGUCGAGAUGAGGCCAAAAGACGCGGACGCCGUAACCAAGAUGGCGCUAUCCGAAAUGACACGGGCGGAGAUCGAAUACGCCAGUCAUACACAAUACAUCAGAGACUUCGCAAUGGACAUUUCAAACCACCUGGCCCGAGAAAUUCGUAACCUACAAUGCGAAAGCCGGAGAACUGCCUUCCAUGCCGCUACAACGACUGCACAAUACGACGGAUGGUUAGCCGCUAAGCAUCUGGACCUUCCAUUAUGCACCAAGCUACUGGCGGUCGGGGCGUCCGUGUCCGUUUUGCAGUGUUUUCCCAGCAACGUCACCUUCGAGACGGUUUUCACGCCAUGUGGAGCCCAACCUCGGUGGGGCAACCAGACCAUCAACGUGGAAGGCUGGGAGCUCACGAAGUACUCCGAUUGCUACUGGCACGCAAACUUCGUCAACUUCAACGGCAAAGCCCACACCUUCAAGAACAACACCUGGAUGCCAAUCAACCCCAACCUAAAGAUACAAGGCCGCCGUUUCAUCGACACCAUGCCCCUGGAGGUCGAUAACUCGUUGGGCAUGAUACUGCAGUUGCACCCAACAAUAACGUCGCAUCCCUUAAGUGCUUCAACCAUCAUGGCCGACAUCCUGGCAUACAUACAGAUGGGCUAUGUCACAGAAAUGUCGGGCGAACGACACGUCAACACAGUCCUCGUCCACCCCGGACAAGCACAAGACAUCUCCUUCAUGGCAAGGAUCGGAUACUGGCUCCGGAACUUCGGCAUCAUGUCGGGAGUAGGAGUAUCCAUUGCUCUGGCUUUCCGAUUUUGCGGACUCGGUUCCCUCCUGGGUCUCUAUAUCCCCUGCUGUCGGUACUUUAACCCGUGCAGUUGGUUAACGCCACCUCAACCUGCUCAUCGAGACAUUGAGUUGGGACCCCAAGCAACCACCAACUUGGCCCCAACUGCUCCGGUCACCAUUGUUAAUAUACCCCCGCCCCCAACUCCCGCCGGUUCCACAGGGCGGCUAGGAUUAAACCAACAACCAUACCUCAUCCCACCCAUUUCACAUCCUCGUAGCCUAGCCCAACACAGAGAAGCAGCAGCCCUCCUCUCGCGUCCCUAGUAUUAAAACCCCACGCGUUGAUUGCCCCCUUAAUUUUUCAUGUAUCAUGCAAUGUCGUAGAUUUUAUGUUAGUGUCCCUUAGAAUAAACCCACCCAGAAUCGUGCAGAGUAUACCAUGUACCCCGUAACACCCCACCAACCCUUCGACACCAAGCCGUCCUAAUCCUUACCACACUCUAUCCCUAGGCUCCAACCCUCCCCCCUUACAUCCACGGAUGAUCGGGAAGACCAGAAAGGUGGACAAGCGGCCUGGAUCCCCGACCCGGACGAAGAAGACAUCCUCUACUGUGCAGACUACUCAUCCGACAUGGAGGAAUUCCGAUACGUAGCGGCUUGCCCAGACGACGAAGAGGACAUCCUGUACUGCGCGGACAACCCCGACGACGACGAGGUUAUGUACGACGCAGACGUCUCA